UCACUGAUCCCUGAUUUACCCAUUUGACCGAUUACGAAAGGGAAGCGAUAGGGCACCGCGCCGCAGAUCGUGAUCCAAGCGUGCUUAGUGGCAGUUCAUGAUUUUUUUUUACACCGGUUGAAUGAAAUGUAAACAAGGUAUUCGUGCGGGUGUGGUGUCUCAACCAGAACAAGAUUCAGAGAAUUUUCACGGUCUCAAAUCCUCGAAUCUUUUUAGAGCGAAUCAAAAAAUUAGGCGGAAAUCAGUGCGUCCUUGAUUGAUCGGAUUUUUUCACAUUUCCUGUGAUUUCGCGCCUUUCGACAACCCUAUCGCUUUCCCAACCUGCGCACAAGUAACCGUUUUUAGGUUAGUGUCAGGAAUUUCUCGAAGUUUUUUCAGGAAUUAUCUCAAUUCUGUCCUGUAUUUGCGUGACAUUUUGAUGAUUGGAUAUUGGAUCAAAGUUGCAAUCAAAUAUUAAAUCGUUGUUCUGCAUUGAAAAUUGCAACCAUUCAACUAUCGUGCUGGACAAACUCUACCUUAGUACUAUUCAUCGAAGCACUGAUCUUGUUCCCAGCUCGUCACUCUAAUCAAGCUAGGAACCUCAAAUUGUUCGUCUCUAUUAAAUUCAUCCAUCUGAUUAUUGUGCAUCAAUCUGUAGAAAUUUGUUUGGAACUGCGUUUGCAAGCUGUCAAUGGUUAUUACUUUGAUGAUACUCUGCACAACUGUUAUGAGAACUGGAACAUCCUGAUAAAACAUCUUUGAAGUGAAAUUUUGCGCCAGAAAGUCAUUUAUGCACACCAAGUAGUACUUUUUUUUACUUCUCUUGAAUUUAUUAAUAAUAAAAGCAAUAGGUCCCAAAAAAAUUUAAAUAGAAGAAAAUUUAAUAGCACAGAAAAAAUCUGGAAAUUCCUUUGUGUAAAUAGCUCUCAUUCAUAGAAAGAUAAUAUUUUAAUUUACUAGCUUUUGAGUAAAUUUUGGAUUUCGUUCGUUUUUCCAUUCAUAUUUAUUUUUAUUUAUUUAUUUAUUAUUUUCUCUUUUUCUAUUGUGAAUAAUUUGUGCGUCCCUCUUUUAGUAUGGUUCUAUCAUCGGGUGCUGACUUGUGAUAAAAUACAAAUUAAUUGUCUUUGUGAGCCCCUUGGACAUUACUAGAAAUGAGAAGUGAUAUUUUUGUGUGAUAUUAACUGUAGCCAAAAAAAAGAAGGUAAUUGUACUUAUGUAGCUUAACCUCCUAGCAAGUGUAAAAAGUAAAUUUUUUUUUUAAAAAAAAAAAAGAUUCUAGUGGAGUCACUCCAUGAUGUUUCACACUACGUAUCAGCCCCACUUUGUGUUUCAAAUGCCAGGACAUCAUCCUAAUCAUUUCAACGAUCGCUUGCCGCGUCCUCCUCUUGAUAUCUAUCCAAUGAUGGGAUAUGAAAUCACGCCAGUACGCCAAAGGCAGUACUGGUCAGCCCAGCCAAAAGUCAAUGGCCGAUGGCGGGAGUUCGAGAUGCCACCACCUGCCUCUGCUCCAGGGCCGCGCCACUCUAAAUUUACAAAACCCAUGAAUCAUCAUCAUUGGAAUCAUCAGAAUCAUGGCAACAACAACAAUUCAAACAAUUUAAACCAUGUUAAUCAUCAAAACCGUAGUGAUAUCCGCAAUUUCAAAUCCUCUAAUCACUCAACGAGAACAAAUCAGACUCAUGCAAACAACAAUAACAACCAAAAUCAGAAUCGAGGAGAUGAUUCAAGCGACAGUGGUGUCUCAUCAAGAUCCCCAACGCCAAACAACUGCACAUACCUUGGCUGUAGUGAAGGUGAUCGCCUCGACAAUACCUCAGAAGACUCUACGUCUGCUGACUCAUCCAAAGAUGUCAAACGAUUAAAUGAACUGAACGGUUCAGCACCAAAUAAAAUUAUGAAUGGUGAGCUGCACUUCAACGGCUCUAACCCACAGUAUCGCAACUUCUCGGUGAAUCGAGGCUAUAGUCAUUCGAAUAUCCUUCACAUGAAUUAUCAGGGUCAACCUAAAAAACGUGUUCUUGUUCAGUAUCAUCCACCUUUUCAACAAAAUAACCGUCCGCCCCCUCUGCGAAAAAUAUCCAGCAUGGGAUUUCACACUCCGCCUCCAAUAGUAUCAAAAUCGCCCAUAUCUUACUACUCACCUGAUAGAUUUCUUGCAAGAUCUCAUUUAAUGGAAAUCAAAGAUCAACCGAAGCAUUUAAUAGCAACAAAUGACAAUUUAUCCAAAGCCAUUUGGGAAAAAUUUGUGUUCAAUCAGCAGUCAGAAGACUUGUACAGACGAAAAGUUUCUUUUUGGAAAUAUCUCUACCAGUUCAUUCAGAACAAGUUCCCAAGCUAUGGCCUGUGUUUAGUGGGCUCGACCAUGACUGGCUUCGGAACUAAUAAAAGUGAUAUAGAUAUGUGCUUAGUAGUUCAUAAUUCCGAAAUAGACCAGCGGAAUGAAGCUGUUUACCAUCUCGGAAAUUUACUUGAGUACCUGUACAAACUGCAUUUUGUGGAAAAAUUAGAUUUAAUUCAUGCCAAAGUACCUAUUUUGAAGUUCCGGGUCGCUAAAGAAGGAAUUGAUGUUGAUUUGAACUGCAACAAUGCUGUUGGUAUUCGUAAUACCCACCUCCUUUACUGUUACGCACAAGCUGACUGGCGAGUGAGGCCUCUUGUGAUGAUCAUCAAAUUAUGGGCGCACCAUCACAACAUCAAUGAUGCCAAAAACAUGACUAUCUCAAGUUACUCCCUAUCCUUGAUGGUCAUCCAUUUUUUGCAAUGUGGUGUAAACCCUCCCGUCCUUCCUUGCCUGCACAAAAUGUAUCCAGGAAAGUUUUCACCUCAAAUAGACAUAUCGCAAGUUGAUAUGCACGAAGACCUCCCGCCGUACAAAUCAGCAAAUAAGAUGACGUUGGGUGAACUUCUCAUAAAAUUCUUCCAUUACUACGAUACUUUUGAUUUUGUUCACUCUGCCAUCUCAGUUAGACUUGGUUGUCGCAUUCCCGCAGAAGAUUGUAGGAAAAAUCGCUCUCUCAAAAAUGAACCUCAUUCAUGGAAGUACUUAUGUAUUGAAGAGCCGUUCGAUUUAACCAACACUGCUCGGUCCGUUUUUGACGCAGAAGUAUUUGAUCGAAUCAGGAAUGUAAUCAACUCAUCCCACAAAGCCCUGAAGAACACGCGCAAAUUGGACUCCAUCUUUAGGUUAAAUUUUCUCAAAUGAUCUCAUAAUUUUAUUUCUUUCUCUGCUCCUCUCUAUUUAUUUAUUUCUUUGUUCACAUAUUUAUUUAUUCUUUAUUUCCAUCAUCUUGCCUCUUUUCUUUACUCUUUCUUUUCCAGUGAGGACCUCAAGUUUCUAUUCCAAAUCAGUGGUUUCUCACUGCCUCAGGCUUAAACUGUCCUUGAAAUUCUGUAUGCAUCAUAUAAAUUUAAAAAAAAAAAAAAAUAAACAAAAAAAGUACCAAAAAAUUUAUGCAUGUACGCAUCAAAAAGAUCAAAAAGUUUAAAAAAAAAUUAGGAAUUCCUAAGAAAAAAAUAAUGGGAAAAAAAAUUACAAAUUUUGGCAGUAUAUAGUAAUAACUUCAGGAAAAGCACUUUUCUUGGCAUUUUAUAAAGACAUUUUUUUUUUAUUUUUACUGCAGAAAAAUCAAUUAUUAUCGGUAAAGUUUUUCUCAAAAUACCACUUUAGUAUUCUGGCUGUCUUCUCUUUAUUUUCUCCGCCUAUCUGUAUUGUUAUGUUCAGCUUUCUUCUUUCUCUCCCUUUAGUAUAGUUUUUAUUGUUCGAAGACUGAUUUUUCUGGUACGUAGGUGCUCCUCAAAAUGCAAUUUUCCGAUUUUUCUUCUUUUUUUUUCCCAAUGGAGAUUAUUUUUAUUAUCAUUAUUUUUCUUCUUCUAGAGCUAUUAAUUUCAACUUGCUCCAAUAGCCAGUAUUCGUAGAAGAUUGAAUUUGAGGUGUGUGCUCUCUUUCAAUGUAUAUCUUCAACAUUAGUUUUUAUUUCAUCAUGAUGUUAUUUUUCAUGGAAUACCUGAAAAACGUACAAUUCAAAACUUUCAAAUUGCAAAUAGAUAUUCGUAAAUGAAGUCUGCUUUCUGAAAGCAGUCAAAUAACUAACAGUCAGAAAACCCAUAAAUGUUAUAAAAAAAAAUUAAAACACUUUUGAAAAAUGUUAAAAAAAAUUAAAAUAUAAAAAAAACAUUUUAGAAAAAAAGUAUGUAAAAAAAACACAGAAAAAAACUUAAAAAAACAAAAAACUAAAAACUAAAAAAAAAAAUAAUAAAUUAAAGAAGUUUACCUUCGCCCAACUUUUAAAAUCUACUGUUUUUUUGUUUGUACCAGGACUCGGGCUUCUAUAGUCCCAAAACAUUAUGCACAGCUGUAGCUGUUUCUUUAAUCAUUGCCAAGAUCUUUAAAACUCAAUGCCUUUAUUAUUUAUUGAUUUUUUAUCGUCCAGGCUGAGAGAACUGGGCCUUGCUUGUGCCCUGUAUCUUAAUCAUUUCUCUUUCUUUUUCUUCUUCACCAACCUCCCUUCAAUGGCACCUAUGAUGAGGCGGAAUUGGUGGUAAACAAUUUUUGCAAUCAUCGAUCCUCGUCUCAUCAUAUUCGUUCUGGUCGUUUUUGUGUCCGACAAAUGAAAAUGAACCAAACAUCUCCUAGAACAGACCCACUCUUACAUUCCUAGAGCAUUGUGCUCAAAAUAAACCAGUGUCCAGUUUUUGCCAUCAAUUUUCAAUAGCCCUCCUCCCGGUGUUCCUCAGUUUUUGAGCUUAACGAAGACCUUGUAGGAUCAUCAUAAAAACAGUUUCCGUUGAUUUGCAGGAAAGACAAAAAACUGGCACUUCCUCGCAAAAGCUUAGUCUUUUGGAUUAGAAUCUUAUUUUUUUUAUCAAAAAUCACCAUUCCUCAGGGCUCUUGCCUCCAACCAUUGGGGCAUUGCAAAACAAGAUUUGCAUUACUUACUCCUAGACACGAACUUUAGUCAUGAUGAAAAUUCAGGAUCCGAAGGAAUUAAAUUGUUGUUCAGCCCAUUUUAAUUCAUUUCAUUCUACAAUAUUUUGAUUUCUUCAGUUCUCUCCUCUGUAGUUGACAACAAGUCUACAUUUCCUCUUAAUUUGUAUCGGUGGAAAUCAAACAGUCUGAACGCAACUCAGUGCUGAACCGGUCUAUUGUAUCACAGAUAGUUUAUUUUUUAUUUCAUUUUUUUUUGCUUCGUUUAAAGCAUGACAGAUCCGUAUCAGCACUAUUUUUUUCUGCUCUCCCCGUUUCAAAACCAAGCAACGCAGUUAUUUUUAUCAAUCAUGAAGUUGAGAUUUGCAUUUAUUUGUAGUCCCCAGUCUCAUCAAACUGCUCUCGCUCAUUCCAUGAUGGGGCCUAAUCUGCGCUGUGAAGUGUUUAUUAAAAUUGUUUAAGUUUUAAAUACUCUAUCUGUUCCAUGUUGAAAGUAUUAGUCCCUGUAUUUGUUUUCAAGUUGUCAUAGUUGAAAUCUUUUGUAUCAUCUUUUUUACUCAACUUGUUGCAAAAAAUGAACCCAAAAACAAAUAAAGGAAGAUAAUAACUACA